AUGGGGAAGCAAUAUAAGAAGUUUUUUGAAGUUUUCAAGAAGCUCCAUAUAAACAUCCCACUUGCCGAAGCAUUAGUCCAGAUACCUAGCUACGCAGAGUUCUUGAAGGACAUCUUAUCAAAUAAAUGUAAGCUUGGGAAACAUGAGACAAUUAUGCUGACUGUGGAAUAUAGCGCCAGAAUUCAGAAGAAACUUCCACUGAAAUUGAAAGAUCUAGGGAGUUUCACCGUCCCUUGCACUAUUGGUGAAGUAUAUUUUGAAAAAACUUUAUGUGACCUUGGUGCAAGUAUAAAUUUAAUGCCUCUGUCUAUAUUUAGGAAACUUGGAUUGGGAGAGGCCAAGGCUACCAUUGUGACAUUGCAGUUAGCAGACAAAUCCUUGACACAUCCACGAGGGAUAAUUGAAAACGUGCUGAUCAAAGUGGAGAAAUUCAUCUUCCCUGCAUAUUUUCUCAUUUUGGAUAUGGAGGAUGACAAGAAUAUUCCAUUGAUAUUGGGUUGA